CAGUCUACCCGGUCAAGUAAUUUACACCAUCAUUUUUGGCGCCACCUGUGGGACCGUUAAGGUUUCUUUUCAUCCAAACGCAAACCUACCACAAAAACACCACUCAAAAUGUCUUCAAGCCAGCAAAUGAACGCUACUUCAGCUCAGAUGCAAGCCACCACUGAGGCGGUCAGCAUCCCUAUGGUUGCUAGCCAACCGGCUUUUUCUGCUCCUACGCUGCCGUUGGGUCUGAGUUCAAUCCCAACACCAAGCGUGGUCACCCCGUUCACCGUCCCUGUCCCUUCUGCUGGACCAAGGGUCACAUUCCCACCAAGCAUGACUCAGUUCAUGAAUGACCCGGCCAACCUACAAGCCAUUCAAGGCUUUGGUCAGGUCAUGGUCAUGUGCCAACAGAAUGGGGGGAUGCCAUUCCUCCCAGGUAUGUUUCCAUUUGCCCUUCCAGGCGCUGGAACUAUGCUCCUGCAAACUCCGAUGGCAGUGUCUCCUUUCCAGACGCCAGUGCCACAGCCAUCACCUUUCCAGCCCCAGCUGGUCAGUGCUGUGGCCCCCAACAAUUUGGCCGGUGCGCUUAACGCCGCUGGACAGUCACGCCCUCCACAGGGUACGAAUCCGCAAGUCACCCCUGAUGGUCAUUGCGUCUCAGUUGAGAGCGGUGACGGCGAGUGGGACAUUCCGAGGGCCCACAAGAAGAAGAAGGAAAAAAACAUCCGGCCAGCAACUUCCCAAAACUCCGCCUUCGAAAGGCUGGGCGACAGGGAAGAGGGCCAGAGAAAGUCAGCCAAACUGAGGCUAGGGCAGAGCAUUGCCCAUGUCAGCGCGUUCGCCCGGUUAGGCGAGGGGAGGGAGGCCGAGCCCGCCUGUACCCAGCGCUCCUGGUCAAACCAGCAGGAGCCCGCAAGGACGAGGGUCUCCCGUCAAGAGGAGGAAGCUGAGAGCCAGCCUAGGGGACCGGUGGCUAACCGGCUGGCUGUCCCAAAUGAUCGCGUCCAGCAGAUUGAGGCAAAAUUGGAGAGGCUGGAGAAGAAGGUUGGAGAUUCAGCCGCGCAGCGGAAGAACUGGGUCCGCAGCAUUUACGUUGGUGAGGUAAGUGAUGAACCGGCCAGGCGUAAGCUUAUCAGGAGGGAGCGGAUCGUCUUUACUGACCGGGAUCUCCCACCUACCGGCGAAGAUCACAAUGAUCCAUUGGUCAUUACCAUGGAUAUUAAUGAGGUGGAUGUUGCCCGGACGCAACUUGAACCUCUCAAAAUCCCUCUCUCAGGAUUCACGAGAGAUACAGUGGAGGCUGAAGGGUCCAUAGUUCUACCGGCUGAACUAGAAUCAGGUGAUAAGACCGUGUGGAAGAAGAUGCGGUUCAUCGUUGUGGACAUCAAAUGCGUCCACAACGCCAUCCUUGGAAGGCCGGGCAUCAAUAGAGUCGGGGCGGUGAUUUCCAUGUCUCACCUGUGCAUGAAGUUCCAUACUCCAGGUGGUGUGGGUGAGGUGAAAGGCGACCAGAGGAAUGCCCGGGAGUGCUAUGCCCGGGCAGUCAAGAAGAUGACCAAGGGGGUCAACGUCAUCUCCCAGGAAAUCACCAAGGGAGAAACUCGGGAGAAGCUGGAUCCCGAGGCCGAGACGGUGGAGAUCGAACUCCACCCGGGUGAUGCUUCAAGGAUGGUCAGAAUUGGAGCGAAUCUCCCAGAAGAUCUCAAAAUGGAGAUUGCACGGGUCCUCCAAGAAUACGCGGGCAUAUUCGCAUGGAGCGUGGCGGAUAUGCCUGGAAUAGAUCGCUCUGUUAUCUGCCACCGGUUGGCCGUGAGAAAGGGAAGUCGACCGGUACGCCAGAAGAAGCGGUACCUGGCCAGUGACCGGCGAGACUUCGUCAGGAAGGAGGUCAGUAUUAAAUCUGACUCGAGUCUGAUUGUUGGGCAAGUGACCGGUACCAUGGAAGCCAGAGAAGGACGAAUGGCGCAAUACAAGGACCUAGUGCUUGCUUUGUUGAAAGGCUUCGAGGAAUUCAAAAUCGCCCAAAUUCCCCGGGCGGAGAACGCGGAUGCAAACCUUCUCUCCAAGUUGACGCAGUAUGCUCCCGAGCAUGUUUCAAAACUUGCCCGGGUGGAAAUCUUGGAUCGAGCCAGCAUCGAGAAAAUUGGAUGUAUGAUCUGAUGGAAUAUUUGAUGGAUGGGGCGGACGACCAUUGGAUGUAUGAUCUGAUGGAAUAUUUGAUGGAUGGGAGCUUGCCAGAGCAAAAAGACCAGGAAAGAAAGGUGAAGCUCAGGG